UUCCAAGAUGGCAGCGCCCACGAAGAGAACAACGCUUUGAUAAGCUGGCCAUUGUUUAGCUAUGUUUUUGUCACUAAAAUGGAUUCGUCAUUCCGAAAAGUCGUUCAGAAGAAGAUUUAUGAUGUCUUAUCUCACAAAUACGGCCUCAUCCUAGUGAUUAUCGGCGUAUUUGCUCUUGGGAUAUCAGCGUUUCAUUUCGGGGAGGCUGUUGUUGACUGGAGCAGGGAGAAAUAUGCAGCUGUUUUCAACUCCUUCAGUGACAAUGUUGCUGGAAGGUCCUUCAGACAGAGACUAUGCCUACCAGUGCCCAUUGACGUUGUGUAUACAUGGGUCAAUGGUACAGAUGAAAGUCUGGUGUUGGAACUACGCAAAAUUAAGAGGGACAUGGAGAAAGAGCUGAACAUAACAAGGGAGGAGAAAUGUUCCUUCAGCAACUGCAUACCAGCUGCAAUGGCCAUCCUUGACCCCAUGAUACCAAUGUCCUUGACCUUGGCCCAGCUGGUUAAACUCUACCCAGUAUUCUCAGAUGCGACCUCUUUGUUCAACCUUGAGUCUGAGGGAGAGGAUAAGCUCAAUGUUACAGUUGUGACAUUUGGCAAUGAAACCCAUGUAAAUCCAGUUGUUGACUUGCAUCUUGUGAUCUAUGGGAUGAAUGUGACUGUGUCUAAGGGCUUUUAUACAUCGGACUCCUCCGUCUCGGGAGGGAUACAGUUGAAGAACACCAUCCUCAUGUCAGGCUUCCCCCACCAGUACACUCAGGAGCAGCUCACCGCCAAGCUUCCACACCCUGUCCAGAAGAUUGAUUUGUAUUCUGACAAAGGCAUUGCUGUGCUGCAUGUGCCAAAGAAAGAGGACUUUGACAGUCUUGUGAAUUUAAAGAACUUCUCCCUGGAGGGCAAGGAACCCAUCCUGCAUGCUGCCAAGCUGGUUUGGGAUCUCCGGGAUUUUUCUCGAGAUGAAGAUGUUGCAGCCAGCCGCUUUGAGGACAAUGAGGAGCUGCGAUACUCCCUCAGGUCAGUGGAGAAGUUUGCCCCCUGGGUGCGCCACAUCUACAUCGUAACCAAUGGUCAACUCCCGUACUGGCUGGAUCUGGAGAGCUCCCGCGUCACCAUUGUCACUCAUGAGGAGAUUUUCCCCAACAAGAGCCACCUGCCAACCUACAGCUCCCCAGCCAUUGAGAGUCACCUGCAUCGCAUCCCGGGGCUGUCCGACAAGUUCAUCUACCUCAAUGAUGAUGUCAUGUUCGGAUCAGAAGUGUGGCCCGAUGAUUUUUUCUCCUAUGCUACAGGACAGAAGGUGUAUCUGACAUGGCCAGUGCCCAACUGUAAUGAGGGGUGUCCUUCCACAUGGAUUAAAGAUGGCUACUGUGACAAGGCGUGUAACAACUCAGAGUGUGACUGGGAUGCAGGAGAUUGUGAAGGUGAUUCAGGCAGAAUACAGCUUGGAGCUGGGUACCACGGAGGAUAUGGGGACCCCAAUCUUCAGGCUGUAGCGUACUGUAAUACUGGAUGUGCGAACAACUGGAUAGCUGACAAGUACUGUGAUACUGCCUGCAACAUCAAGAAGUGUGGCUUUGAUGCUGGGGAUUGCGGAACCAAAAGUUACGAUGAGCUGUACCAGAUCCAUCUGUCAUUUGAUAAGAUCAACUAUACAUUUCCACCAGGAGAGUUUGUGGGCUUCUUCAACCUGACGGAUGUCGUCCUGGCAGAUGGGAUGAUAACAGAGGCAUCUUACAAUGACAGCAGCAUCAUCAGACAGGUUGCCGUGGGCAACAAGUAUAAGGUCAUGACCAUCGUUCUGCAACAUAACCACAAUGAAACAACCUUGCAAUUCCAACUGAAGGGUCACCAAGGGUUGAAUAAAGCAUUCAGAUUCAACUUCACAAUGACUGUGAACACCAACAAGACCCUGAUGGAGGUGUAUGAGAAGCAGGCAAGGAAUAAGGUCAUGAACCUCACUCAUGCUGUUGAUGGGGCUGGGGAUGAGGAAGAUGAUGUUGUCCUCAUACAGGAAGUUCCAGAGGAAGAGCAGCACCCCAGACCGAUGCAGGGAGAGAUGAAAGUGGGCGGGGCAGGUGUACCCUCCAUCCCUGCUGGUGUUGACCGGAACCUGACCAAUGUGAUUCUGCCAGCUGUAAUCAGGGAAGAAUUAGUGACACUGAACAAGGCCUUGCAAGAAGGUGACCUCACACAAAAAGGAUAUGAAAUUAAUUGGAAGCUUCUAUAUGCCAAGUACAUGAAAAUAAAAGAUGAUCCUAACUAUCCACUGGAAACAAAAUCAACGAAGUUACUUAAUGGCACGCAGGACAGUGCAAAUAAUAGUCAGAGGUUAAAUAACACAAGACAAGGGUCUAUUGUGAAAGGUCAAGGGUUGAAUAACACAGGGCAAGGGUCUAUUGUGAAAGGUCAAGGGUUAAAUAACACAGGGCAAGGUUCUAAUGUGAAAGGUCAGGUUUUAAAUAACACAGGGCAAGGUUCUAAUGUGAAAGGUCAAGGGUUGGAUGGAGGGGCACACCAUGCUUCAAGGAAGCUUCUAGGGAUUCCAUCAGACUGGCGCCAGGAAGACAUGACCAUGACACAAGAGAGAGGAAGAAGGGGGUGAAGGUGGUAGCAUAUUCCCAGGAUGAGGCAGCCAUAUUGGAUGGGAGUUAUGGUGGACAUGACAAUGAGGUUUGCGGAAGAUGAGACUGAGGCUGAGUUUCUGGACAAGGUGAAGGUUGGCAAGGAGACUGGUGCUCUCCCAUGGGAGAGGAAGAAUCUGUUUGCUGAACUACAGAAGAUGAAAGAGAAUGUAUUGAGAGCCAAAGCAUUUGAGAUACCUCAUCAUAAUGGUCGUCGUCUGCUUGACACCUUUGGAGACUCUCUUCGUCAUGUUAACAAGAUCUACAACAAGGCCUUUGGAUUUGUGGCAAGGAAGGUGCCCGCUCACAUGCCACAUAUGAUUGACAAGCACAUCAUGGCCAAUCUACAGGCCCAGUUUCCAAAUGAGUGGGACGUGACCUCCUCCCACAAGGUGCGACACUCCAAAGACAUGCAGUACGCCUUCUCCUACUUCUACUACAUGAUGGGCGUCACUGAGCAAGUCACUGCGGAGUCCGUGUUCGAUGAGAUGGACACAGACCAUUCAAACGUAGAGACCCUAGAGCCCACAAAGCAGCGCCUCCACGAAGGGCAACCCAGCCCGUAUCGAAGCCUUCGCGAAGAAGCGUCCCAGGCAGCCUCCACGAAGGAUCAGAUCCUCACCAGUUGCGAAGGGCUUCGCGGAGGAGGAACCCUGCAGGGCCUGGAGCAGAUCUUCAUCAACUGUUCCAACCAUCUUCAGGAAGAACAGAAGGCUGCUUACGCACCCCCUAUACAGGAAGUGUAUUACGAUAAAAGCAUGCCGCAAGUGUCCAGACGUCUGUUUCUAAACUGUAGCGGUAUACUGAAGCUGGUAAAAGACAAGUUCAAGCCAAAGCCAAAGCAUAAAUAUACGACUGUUGAUGACUCGGAUGUCACAUUCUACAUGAUCCGGACCAACGUCUCAAGCGUGGUCGGACAACUUGACAAUGUCCGCAAACACUCCAAGAAGUUCAUCUGUCUCAAUGACAACAUCGAGCAUGGUUCCGAGGAAGCCAGAACUGUGAAAGCAGUCCUUCAGGACUUCUAUGAAUCACUCUUCCCAAUAUCAUCGCAGUUUGAGUUGCCACGUGAAUACAGAAACCGAUUCCUUCACACAAAUGAACUGCGAGAGUGGCGGCGAUAUCGAGACUGGCUGAAGUUCUGGACACAUCUGGCGCUCAUUGUCCUGGUCAUCUUCACCAUUGUGUCCUUCUUUGGGGACAAGAUCGAAGCUGCUCAUCGCAGAUUGGCCAGACUAACAUCCAAUAAAGGUGAAGAUGGAAGUCAAUCAGAAGAAGGGGGCGGAUCACUUUCGACCAGUGGAAGUGGAUCAUCCAAUAGCCAAUCAAAACAAAGCCCUCUCCUGCCUGUUUGACGGUUCCUGCUCUGGCUUAUCUCCCCUGAUGUUGUCUUGGUUCUGCUUAUUAUAAUUCUUGUUAUUGUCAUUGCUUUGCUUGUGAUCGAGGUUAGAAAGUUCUAAGUGGACUUCAUACUCCGUACAGUAAAGCAUGGCAGAGAGUUGUGAUAGGUGGAGAUAUACAACUACUUAUAUAUCUGGUGCCUUCUUAAAGAUGAUCUCAACACAAACAUAUCACUAACAUCUUAUUUUAUUUUGCAACUGAUGAAUAUAUUUUAUAGCAUACCUUGAGUCUGUCCAUAUUGACGGAUUGAAGAUAUGCAUAUUGUGAUGUGGUUUAUAUUUAGGAUAAAGUCACACAGAGAAUCUGCAGAGGACAAAAGUUUACGAUUGUUUUCAGGUAGGAAUGUAAUUUAUGAGUUAAUCGUUCACCUGUGGUUAAUAUGUUACUUUCUUUGAGAUAAUGGUAUUACACACGUGUCAUGUAAGGCCAAUUUAUUGUUUCACAAAUUUCAUAGUAAACAGGAUGAGAAUUUGAUUUUCUUUCAUAAAUUCUGGAAAUAAAUGUUUUACAAAAAAAGAAUCAUCUAUUUUACAACAGGAUCAUUUUAUGCCUGUACAUAAAUAUAUUGGUCUUGUUGAAGCACUUAGAUUUAGACUGAAGAGUCUCUUUUAGUCAUUUUCUAGAAUAUCUAGAUUUUCAAAGAGCCGUCAUGCUUGAAUGAUUAGCUGAUAGUGAGGUACUUCAAAGUAUCUUGCAUUUACUGAGCACCAGAUAUAGAAGCAGAUUGAUAUAGAAUGCAAACUAACAAACUAAUUUUCAACCAAAUAUUUCAUAUUCACUGACCUAUGAAGAAGACAGUUGACCAUAUUCUGUGGUUCUUUUUUCAUUCUUGGUUUAUAUUACAUGAAUUACUAUACAACUAGGCUGUAAGUCUGGAGGUCAGAGGUAGUCACCAUUUAGGCCAUGGCACCUUGAUGCAAAGGAAAAUCUUGAAAAUUAGUUUGUUUAACUUGUGUGUAUCCAAGAUAUCAGGGUAGAUUUGACAGAGCGAGGAAGUUGUUUUCUCAUAUUAUUUUCAUACCAUGCAUCAAUCAUCAUAUUUUUUCAUUUUCAUUAUUGAGAGACCAGAAUGGUUUGUCUUCAAGCAUGGCUUGAUGUAAGCCAAGUUGUAUGAAGUACUCUGCUGUUUUACCUUGGGUAGGCAGCUCUAAUAAGUUUAUAUUUACUCCCUGUGUGGGCAGUAUGUCUUGUAUAUAUGAUUGCUUCUUUUGAAGUUAUACAACCUGGGAACAAGUGAACUAGUGGUCGAUAUAGUAAUUAUUAACUUGCACAGAUUAAAACCAAGUAUUGCCCAGUGAGGACACCCAGGGGGUGAUAUCUAUCAUACUUCAUGACACCUAGCAAAGUGAUAGUUGAUAAAAUUACUUGUUUUCAGAACACACCAGAUGAGUUACCAUUACAUUUUCCCCAUGUUAUUGUAUAAUGUAGCUGAUGUGUUUUCUAUUUUUGAGAUGUUGAAAAAACAAGUCAUCUUCCUUGUACAUGAGGGGGGCAGUGUGGUAGCCUAGUGGUUAAACAUUUGCUCAUCAUGCUGAAGAUCAGGGGUUUGAUUCCCAACAUGGGUGCAGUGUGUGAAGCCCAUUUCCUGAGUCGUGAUAUUGCUGGAAUAUUGCUGAAAGGGUCAUUAAUCCCAACACACCCAAUCUCUCCUUGUGCAUUAUGAAGAAACACUGUACACUAUCAACACCUCCCUGCUUAGUUGGUCUUCCAUGAUGGCUGCACACUCAGGUCUGUCCAUGAUAAGAAGCCACUUGAGUAGCCAUGAUUUUAACACUCACAUAUGCCAAACAGUUCAUAUUUGUCUUAGCAUAGUCUAAGCCAAAAUGCAUCUAGAUCCCAUUUCUCUUUUAUGCCUGAAACAGAAGUGUCUGAAUAGUAAAGUUUUCUCCCUUGACAUUAUCGACUCCGCACCCAAGCUUGAAUACUGGUGUACCAAUAAAAUCCCUGGACUUAAUGGUUUAUCUGCAGUUCCUUCAUAGUUUUGAUAAUUGAGGUACCAUUUUCACUUUAGUUCCAAACAUCUCAAUUAGCAAUGUCUGUGAAGCCCAGUCUGUUUUGGUAAGCAUUAAGGCACGUUUGUUUUACUAUAUUUAUUGCUGAAAUUGAAUAAUGGUAGUUCUGUUUUUCUUGUAAAUAUUUCCUAGUACAAUUAGUGCUGUUUAUGUAUAUAAGGAAUCAACCAUUAGAUAUUCUGGCAAGGACCUUCAGAUUUUAUUAAAAGAUGUCAGCUGUCCAAGUAAAUGUUUGAAAAACAUAUUUAGGCUCCAAACUGUAAAUAAAAAGGAAAUUCUGAUAUAAGUCAUGUUGUUGCUAGAUGUGUUUUGGAAAAAUAGCUUCUUGUUUAAAGAAUAUCUUAUUUGGCACCUUUUACUGAAAAAUAUCACAGGCCAACCUCACCUUUUCCAGAUAUUAAAUGGUUGGGCCCCAAGGUUGUGUAUAUAUCAAGGCUUCUAUUGCUGUUUUUGUACAUACAGAGUUAUUUAACACCUAUCAUCAUGUCAUAAUAUUAUACAAGUGCAAACAUGUCGUAAAUACUCAUGAGUAUGUUUGGAUUACACCAACAAGACAAUUGAUAUGUGAUAUAGGAAUGCUGAAAAGUCCCAUUAGGUUAGGCCAUCAUAUGUUAUAAUAUUUGCCACUCAUCCAGCGUUCAAAAUAAUCGCCGGCCCAGAGGCCCAGUGCUGGUUGUUAUUGUAUCGGGCCGGCAGUUUCAAAUAUUUGCAGGCCCUUGUGGCCUUCAGUAAAUUAUCUGUCAAUGUUUGUUUUUGUCAACUGGAAUAUUUCCCAUAUUGUUUUU